AUGAAACAAAGUAUCCUUCGUACUCAAUAUUUCAGCGAGAUCGAAUUAGAGAGAAUAAAACCAAAGGCACACAUACUUUGUAGAGAAGUCAAUAAUGCCGGUAAUGACGAAACCAGCGACGAUCAUGGGGAUGGUGAUGACAAAAUUGCCGGUCCUGACGAUGCCAACGAUGGCCAUAGAUAUGCUGAUGACAAGAAUGCCGGCGAUGGCGAUGCCAACGGCGACCAUGAUGAUGAUGACAACGAAAACCAUGACGGUGAUGACAAUAGUGUCGGUGUUGAUGAUACCAACGAUGACCAUGAUGAUGCUGACAACAAUAAUACCGGUGAUGACGAUACCAACGAUGAUCUCGGUGAUGCUGAUGUCAAUAAUGCCGAUGCCAACGACGACCAUGUAUAG